UUCGUCUUCUUCGUCAAUAUCAUCCGGGUGCUGUUUACUAAACUAGUCCGAACAGCGCCACCCCGUGCCCGGAAGUAUCGAUACAGACGUCUGGGCAAGUCGACCCUGGUGCUCAUCCCCAUGUUUGGCGUGCACUACCUGAUCACGCUCGCCGUGCCUGAAAACGUGAGCGCCAUCACGGAGACUGUCAAGCUCUACUUCGAGAUGUUCUUUAACUCUUUCCAGGUACAGACCGAGAUCAGGAAGCGCUACAUCCGGCACCGGCUGAGGGUGAACUCAAGAAAGUUCCAGAACAAGUAUGUGGCCACGUCCAGCUCGCACGUGCGGCCUCGGAGCUGCCCCUCCUGCUCCCCCCGGCACGAGUCGAGAGAACUCAACUCCUCCAGCGGCUCUGAGCACAACGCAUCAGCAGAACGACAAAAACUUCGCAUUUACAUUCAGCCUAUGCGCUACUACCGUGCUCAGCCUCCACUCACGAUUCCCAACGACACGAGACCCAUCAUGGCUGCAAACAAAAACAACAGCUAUGUCUAGAAUCUCGGAUGUUACGUAGUAUGGUUGAUUUCAUGACGCCGCACUUCAGCCUACUCCGUGUAUUGUUGACAGAUGUACCAGUCAAGGUUGUCAACAAGAAUGUCAACAAGACCAACAGUUGUAAUCUGCAGGGUUUUGACGUUUCGCUGUUGUCUCUGCUAUACAGUUAUUUCACUUCAGUCAACAUCGGGAAUCGUACACAGAUAUCAGAGCCACCAUGGUCGCCAAUAACAACUCUGUUUAUGUCCUGGGUCUCUUGAUUCCUUUUCGGUGUCACUACAACUACAAACACGCUGAACAAAUAGACGUUGAUCGUUGAUACAAGAAGACGACCAAUGAAGGUGAAAAUUCAUGAUGGUCCACUUUGUACCAUGUCGGCAUAAAUAAAUACCAGUGAGAUUUUUCCACACCUGCAGAACUUGGAUAGCAUGUUCACAGGGGUAUAUUAUAGUAUGAUACUUGCCUCCAGAAGACCUGCUAACCGAAACGUUUGAAACGUGCAUGUCAAUUAAUAAAAAUGUAGACCAAGGAGGACCAUCACAGGAAAAAGUAUUCACCAUCUAAUGAAACGACGUUUGGCACUGUGUACUACAGGGUGUCUAAAAAAGAUAACUCCCUUAAAUGGCGAUAACUCAAUUAUUGCAACAGUAAUUUUAACAAAACUUUGGACAAAUAAAAUGCAUUCAAGGGGAAGAAGAAAAUCGAUGUACGCUUUCGAGAAAUAUCACGGUUUCAAGAUUUCAACCAAAACUGGGUAAAACGCAAAAUUCCAUUUUUUUUUAAAAGCCUUCAGGUGCAGGGGUGUGAUCGGGCCGCUCUGGUUUCAGGAUAAGGACGGUGAAACCAUGACGUCACAUCAGAUAGAUAUCUCAUCAUGAUGAGAACGUUUUGGAGAAGUUUGGGGAGGAGAAAGUGCUACGCUGUAAAGGCCUGGUUCUAGUGGGAUGGGGUUACGUAAAGAGUGUCCCUUGUAUGGUUGUGAGAAAGGUUUGCUCCGUAUAUGCCUAAAGUAUAAAAAUGAAUGGUCACCACCCCCCCCCCCUGGCACCAACUUGACCCCCUUCAAUUAUUAUCUUUAGGGGUUGUUGUUUUUUGUUUUUUACAAGGUAUGAAAAGAACCUACAAAAAACGAACAGCUGAAAUUCAUUUUUGAACAGGAUAUCCAAAGAACGAACCCUAAAACGUGCCACGGAUUAUUUAGAAUUUUCAGUGGCCUAUUGGAGCUUGUGCUUGUACGGGAAAGGUGCUCAACGCAUAUUUUAUAAAUUUGUUUUUCAAAGCUCAAAUGAUGACUGCUUGAAAGAGAACCGUAAGGUUGAUUUUUUUUAAUUGAAAAGUUUUGCGUUUCACUCAAUUUUGGCUGAAAUUUUAAAACUUGAUAUUGUUAAAAACUAACACGUAGAUUUGUUAACAUUUUGAUAAUUAUAAUGACCUCAUAGUUCAAUUUUAUCUCUUCAAAGUUUUAUAGAAAUUAAUCGAAAGGUGACCGAGUUACUGCGCUGUACAUGGGUCCAUUUUGUUUAAACACCCGGUACAUGUACUCUGACUUAGUUGCGUCUUGCAGCGAAAGAGGCGAGUCGAGAAGUUUCAAGACAUUUUUCUGGUUUGAAAUUACAAUGCUCCUUUGUGUAGAGAAAUUGGGUGAGAGUGUAGGUUUAGUUAAAACUUUGACAGAAAUUCAUUCUUGUAAUCGUCAUGCAUUCGAAUAUAAACAAAGUGUUCUAUUAGAGGCUCCAUAACACAUAUCUGAUUGUAUUUUCACACCUCUAACAGGAUACUGCCUAUGUUCAAUGUAUUAUGAUUUACAGUUUAGUGUGAUAUCAAAAUCGGCCGUUAGUCGGCAGAGGAUCAUCGGGACACUGUGUUUGCUCUUAGAUCUUUUGGGCCUUUUCAUACCUUACAGGACUUUGUACGGUUACGGUUUUGCUUAAAGACGAAACCUCUAGGAAUUCCUUUCUUCUUGAAAGCCGAUUUGUAACGAUAUUGGACGUUGUCUUUGUUGACGAGUUGAUUCCUUUGUGAAGCCAAAGUGACUAAAAGGACUUCUUGUGCAAGAGCAGCCCACAGUUACAAAAUGUAUUAUACUUGUAUUCGUAUUAAUCUUCGUUCAGUCUUAAAAUAAUAGUAUGAAAUGGGCGCGAUUUAUGAGGCGGAUAACUCUGCUGUUUUGUCCGUUCCGAUACAAAUCAAAAGUUGCUUCAGGUAGUGCAUUCACAACCUUCACAGCCUUUGGUACUGUGAGUAUUGUAAUUAAUUAUUUUCAUUUGCCCACCAUAAAUCACACUUUGGGUGAGCAUGCUAGGAAUGCUCUUUCCAAUGCCUUUACACUCAUUUUGUAAGACGUGCCA